AUGCCCCGCACCGUCGGAAAAUCCAUCUUCUUAUCCACCGUCCCCGCAGACUGGGUCGACCCCAUUUACUGCAUCGGAGAUGGCCCCGAUGUCAUCAACUGGAAGCCGGAUCCUGCUAAACAGAAAACCUCGUCAUCAGUGUUGAGCUCUCGCUGGAACUUGACCAUGUUGAAGGGCUCUCGAAACUCGACCUCUGGAAAUCCGACUGGUCUGAGCUCUCGAAACUUGACCUUGAAGGCUGCCGGCGGCGUGGUUCAGCCGAAUGCAAUUGCAAGUUCGACUCCUAGCGCCAAAGGCAAGAAGCUGAAGAAGGCAGAACUUGAAGGCAGGAAAUACGUGUACGGUGGUGUAGGCCUGCGUUGA